UAACGGGAAAUGUAUCUUUUGUUCCUACGUCACAAGCCUAUUCCUUUGUUGACGUCUCGCCGAGAAACCUGUCAAAGUGAUCAACGUGCAACAAACAGUGUUUACCAUAGGAAAAGUGUUACUAUUGGGAGAAAUUUACCUAAAUCCUGUUGUAAAAGCGGCGCAAUAUGCCUCUUAUUGUCAUCACCGGUUUACCGCGCAGUGGGAAAACAACCCGUGCAAAAGAGUUGGACAAAUAUUUUACCGAAAACGGUAAAGGGCCCGUCCACAUUGUGUCUGAGGCGGACUGUAUUGUACGGUCCGGGUACGGUGUAAAGGAAAGCUUUAUCGAUACGACCAAGGAAAAACAAAUCCGAGCCAGCCUGAAGUCGGAAGCUAUGAAACUACUAACCAAAUCAUCGCUGGUCAUUAUGGAUGGCACAAAUUAUAUUAAAGGAUAUCGGUACGAAGUUUUCUGCAUGAGCAAAAACGCUCGUACGACGCAAUGUACGGUACAUUGUGCCAUGACUGUUGAGCAGCGGGAGGCCCGAAGAAAUGAAAUUGUUCAGAAUUCUGCUACCGGUGGGAGUGAUCUAGAUGCCGACACGUUCGAUGCUCUUUGUCAACGGUACGAGGAACCGCAAGACAGCAGCCGUUGGGAUCGUCCCCUGUUCACGGUGUAUGGCGAGGAAGAGCUCAACCUUUCCCAGAUCAACAGCGCUUUAUACGACCAGGCACCGUUGCCACCGAAUUUAGCUACACAAAAUAUGCCACUAAGUGCAACGAACUUUCUGUUCGAACUGGAUAAAACGACGCAGACAAUCAUCGAUCAGAUUGCUUCCGCUAGGAAAAUCGGCCUCGACGGACCGGUAGAAAUUCCUCAGGCAGGAAUGCGUGCGGAAGUGCCAGCGAAUAUGAGCGUAGCGCAAUUAAAUCGACAUCGGAGACAGUUUUUGAAUUACGUUAAAUUGCAUACGAACGUUAGCUCAGACAUUAGCAAAAUACCAGCAAUUUUUGUACAAUUUCUCAAUACCAAUACAAAUGGCGCUUAA